AUGCUGCUGGACUGCAGAUGGAUUCUUUUGCCUGUGCUGGCACUUUUCGUGGAAGCGAGAGACGCACGAGCAUACCGUGGAGGCAAGGCUGAGUACAUGAAGGCGGACCGCAAGGGAGAGACCCAGUUUCAGCAUCAGAAAACCAUCGAUGGAGCUGUUCUCGGGUGCUUCGGAUACGUGGAUGGACAGGGAAAAAUGUUUGUCACUCAUUACUUGGCCGAUGUGGCCGGAUAUCGGAGCGUAAGCUUGUCUGCUCCAGAUAAGAUGACCCGGGAGCGCCUGAAGUUGUUGAGGAAUGGUGAAGAUGGACCAGCGGCAGAUCUAUUUCCGGUCGACUGUACGGAGGAAGGAGACGUGGGAAGAUUGCAAAAGAUGGCAGAUAAAAUAAAGAAAGAUUUCGAGAGUGACAAUGAUGAUGCGGAACCACAAAGGAAAUCUCCUUCCUACGACAAAAACGAAGAUCCGGCCAAUGCAACCAAGAGUGAUAAAGCGCCGGAAAAUAGCGAUGCAGCGAAUGAUAGCGAAAAGGCAAAAACAGCACCUUCAAACGAAAAACCCGUGGAAACUCCAAAUAAGAAGCAAAAUGUUCGACUGAUAAAUGUGAGGGAUCCGAGUUCGUUCCGAAAAUCGGCUAAGAAACCAACAGAAAGCUUGAAAUCACCGCCAAGAAAAUCUCCAACCCAAGCAUCUGGAGAAGAAGCUAAUUCCGAGCCGGGAAAAGAUUCUCAAUCGCCGAAAAAGCAAUACCCGAAGGCAUCGAAGGAACCGCAAUCUGCAAAGGGAUUGAAAAAACCAGAAAUCAAAAAUCAGAAUGCGUUAGUAGAACCAACCGUAGCCGCUAGGUCGCCUGUGGUUUCUGAGGAUGUGAAGCAUGAUGCAGCAGUAGGAACACCAGAAGAUACAUUGAAUAAACAACCAUAUGAUAGCAAACAAUCAUCGAAGUCAGGAAAGGAACCGAGCAAGGCAGAGCGACCUUCCAAGAAGAGAUCCGACAAGCCUGAAAGUAUGAACAAACAACCAAAGGAAGAUGAUAAGGCCUCAGACGAGCCUGAAGAUCAGCAAGACGAUUCAAGUAACGAAAAACCUGAAGACGACGACGCAUCCAAUGAACCGAAGCAAUCACCGAAGUCAGGAAACGAACCAAGCAAGGGGACGAAGCCCGAGCCCAAGAAGGGAUCUGACAAGCCUGCAAGUAAGAACAAACAGCCCAAGGAAGAUGAUAAGGCCUCAGGCGAGCCUGAAGAUCAGCAAGACGAUUCAAGCGACGAAAAACCUGAAGACGAACUAGACGACGCAUCUAAUGAACCGAAGCAAUCACCGAAGUCAGGAAAGCAACCUAGCAAGGGGUCGAAGCCUGAGCCCAAGAAGGGAUCUGACAAGCCUGCAAGUAAGAACAAACAGCCCAAGGAAGAUGAUAAGGCCUCAGGCGAGCCUGAAGAUCAGCAAGACGAUUCAAGCGACGAAAAACCUGAAGACGAACUAGACGACGCAUCUAAUGAACCGAAGCAAUCACCGAAGUCAGGAAAGGAACCGAUCAAGGGGACGAAGCCUGAGCCCAAGAAGGGAUCUGACAAGCCUGAAAGUAAGAACAAACAGCCCAAGGAAGAUGAUAAGGCCUCAGGCGAGCCUGAAGAUCAGCAAGACGAUUCAAGCGACGAAAAACCUGAAGACGAGCUAGACGACGCAUCCAAUGAACCGAAGCAAUCACCGAAGUCAGGAAAGCAACCGAGCAAGGGGACGAAGCCUGAGCCCAAGAAGGGAUCUGACAAGCCUGCAAGUAAGAACAAACAACCCAAGGAAGAUGAUAAGGCCUCAGGCGAGCCUGAAGAUCAGCAAGACGAUUCAAGCGACGAAAAACCCGAAGACGAAUUAGACGACGCAUCCAAUGAACCGAAGCAAUCACCGAAGUCAGGAAACGAACCAAGCAAGGGGACGAAGCCCGAGCCCAAGAAGGGAUCUGACAAGCCUGCAAGUAAGAACAAACAGCCCAAGGAAGAUGAUAAGGCCUCAGACGAGCCUGAAGAUGAGCAAGACGAUUCAAGCGACGAAAAACCUGAAGACGAACUAGACGACGCAUCUAAUGAACCGAAGCAAUCACCGAAGUCAGGAAAGCAACCAAGCAAGGGGUCGAAGCCUGAGCCCAAGAAGGGAUCUGACAAGCCUGCAAGUAAGAACAAACAGCCCAAGGAAGAUGAUAAGGCCUCAGGCGAGCCUGAAGAUCAGCAAGACGAUUCAAGCGACGAAAAACCCGAGGGCGAAUCAGACGACGCAUCCGAUGAACCGAAGCAAUCACCGAAGUCAGGAAACGAACCAAGCAAGGGGACGAAGCCCGAGCCCAAGAAGGGAUCUGACAAGCCUGCAAGUAAGAACAAACAGCCCAAGGAAGAUGAUAAGGCCUCAGACGAGCCUGAAGAUCAGCAAGACGAUUCAAGCGACGAAAAACCCGAGGGCGAAUCAGACGAUGCAUCCGAUGAACCGAAGCAAUCACCGAAGUCAGGAAACGAACCAAGCAAGGGGACGAAGCCCGAGCCCAAGAAGGGAUCUGACAAGCCUGCAAGUAAGAACAAACAGCCCAAGGAAGAUGAUAAGGCCUCAGACGAGCCUGAAGAUCAGCAAGACGAUUCAAGCGACGAAAAACCUGAAGACGAGCUAGACGACGCAUCCAAUGAACCGAAGCUAUCACCGAAGUCAGGAAAGGAACCAAGCAAGGAGUCGAAGCCCGAGCCCAAGAAGGGAUCUGACAAGCCUGCAAGUAAGAACAAACAGCCCAAGGAAGAUGAUAAGGCCUCAGACGUGCCUGAAGAUCAGCAAGACGAUUCAAGCGACGAAAAACCUGAAGACGAACUAGACGACGCAUCCAAUGAACCGAAGCAAUCACCGAAGUCAGGAAAGGAAACAAGCAAAGGGUCGAAGCCUGAGCCCAAGAAGGGAUCUGACAAGCCUGCAAGUAAGAAUAAACAGCCCAAGGAAGAUGAUAAGGCCUCAGACGAGCCUGAAGAUCAGCAAGACGAUUCAAGCGACGAAAAACCUGAAGACGAACUAGACGACGCAUCUAAUGAACCGAAGCAAUCACCGAAGUCAGGAAACGAACCAAGCAAGGGGACGAAGCCCGAGCCCAAGAAGGGAUCUGACAAGCCUGCAAGUAAGAACAAACAGCCCAAGGAAGAUGAUAAGGCCUCAGGCGAGCCUGAAGAUCAGCAAGACGAUUCAAGCGACGAAAAACCCGAGGGCGAAUCAGACGACGCAUCCGAUGAACCGAAGCAAUCACCGAAGUCAGGAAACGAACCAAGCAAGGGGAUGAAGCCUGAGCCCAAGAAGGGAUCUGACAAGCCUGCAAGUAAGAACAAACAGCCCAAGGAAGAUGAUAAGGCCUCAGGCGAGCCUGAAGAUCAGCAAGACGAUUCAAGCGACGAAAAACCCGAGGGCGAAUCAGACGACGCAUCCAAUGAACCGAAGCAAUCACCGAAGUCAGGAAACGAACCAAGCAAGGGGACGAAGCCCGAGCCCAAGAAGGGAUCUGACAAGCCUGCAAGUAAGAACAAACAGCCCAAGGAAGAUGAUAAGGCCUCAGACGUGCCUGAAGAUCAGCAAGACGAUUCAAGCGACGAAAAACCUGAAGACGAGCUAGACGACGCAUCCAAUGAACCGAAGCUAUCACCGAAGUCAGGAAAGGAACCGAGCAAGGAGUCGAAGCCUGAGCCCAAGAAAGGAUCUGACAAGCCUGAAAGUAAGAACAAACAACCCAACGAUAAAAACCCUGCAGGACCUUCUGCUAGACUCGAUUCCGCUGGAGCAGCGCUUGCUGAUCUUUAUCCUACGCCACCGUUUGAAGCAGAGGACCCCUUAUCAACGGGUCUCGGUAAACCCAGCGACUCGAAUGAUGUGUUGGCUGCGAUCAGCAGGGUGCUACCAGUAAUUCGAGAUCUUAAUGCAUUGCCAUUGCCUGCUGGUGGAUUUGUUGAUAAACCACCAUCCGUUCCUAAGUCGCCGGCACCAUCUACCAAAGACGCUGAUGUGUACGAUGAGGUAGAUGACGAAGAAGACACGGACGCGGUUGAUGCAGGAACGGCAGAGAAGCAGCAGCAAAGCGAACCGGAAACACCUAGCCAAUCAGCUCCAAAGCCGUCGGAUCCGGGCAGUUGUAUCGAAAUCAUAUUGAAGGUACCUACCGACGCAAGGCAUGUAAUUGUGAGAGCAGAAAAUCCAAAGUUUAAGUCCCAGGAUGGAUCACCGCUGGACCAGCUGGUAAACAAGAUUGCUCCCGGAGUUUACGAUGUGCAGUUGGCCAAGUUUGAUAAGGUGGUGUUUGAAAAAUACGAUAAAUCACCAACCGAAGAGGAACCGCCAGCACCCAGCAAUCUUGGAAAGGCAUUCAACUACGAUGAGCUUGUGCCGAAACCGAGGAAUGCCGGGUCUGCUAAACGGGUACCGGAAGACAGUGUAAAUGCGUACCUGCCGAAGGCCGACAACGUGCAACCUCGUUUGGGCGUUACUGAUGAAAAGAAUGAAAAAUCGGCUAGAGAUGAAAGUGGACCAGCAAAGCAGCGUCGCAUUCCGGACAGAUUCCUAGCAAUGGGACGUCGAGGUUAA